UCUUCUCCCUCCCUCCCUCCCCUGAUCCUCUCCUCUGAAAACCGGCCGAAAUCUCAGCUCCACCUCUCCUCCUCCUAGUCUCGCGCUGCUCCACAUCUCAACAAUCGACCGAUAACCACAUGCUAGUAAUUAUCCGAACAGGCCCCAAAAUCCCAGCUAAGUGCGCAGCCAGGCCGCAUCUAACACCGACCCUGGUCAGGUGGUAAGUGCUAGCUGCAACUCGAUCCAGUUGUUGAGGGGAUCCAUGCAUGCAUAUCCACAAGAGCACCCAUCCAAGAUCGAAAUGCCGUUGAACGAAGAGGCCACUUCCUACUUCUCUGGGGCGCCGGAGACAAGCCGAGAGAGAGAUACUAGUUGCAUAUCCGGCCUAGAUUCCCAUCGGUGUUACUAAAUUAGGAACACUCCUUCGCUAGCGGCACUCUCAACCUCUCCAUGCCAUCCUCCACUGCAUGCCUUCGCCGGUGAGAAACAAGUCUGAAGCCAUGAUCCAUAUAUAUCCGAAUUCCUUCUUUUCAACACAGUAGACAGCAGCAGCCACUAGCUUCGACGACGCCACCCCGCACCACCGGCCGCAUGGAUUGCUUCUCUGAGACUGAAGGGAAGAGGUCGCAUGACCCCUUGUACUGCAACCCCGGCGCGCCGCCGGCCACCGGCUUCCCGGUGGGCUUCACCGAUAAGCUCGUGGUGAUCAUAGGUGCUGGGCCGGCGGGCUUGGCAACGGCGGCGCUGCUCGGACUGGCUGGUGUGCCGUAUGUGCUGAUCGAGAGGUGCAACUGCAUCGGCUCACUAUGGCGGCAUCGCACAUACGACAGGUUAUGUCUCCAUCUCCCCAAGAAAUUCUGCGAGCUUCCCCUUAUGCCCUUCCCGGUGGACUUCCCCACUUACCCGACGAGGGAGCAGUUUCUUGAGUAUCUGGAGUCCUACGCGACGACGUUCGGCAUCGAGCCAAAGUUUCGGGAGGCAGUUAUCAGCGCUGAAUUCAAUGGGGACUCCUGGUGGGUUCGCACAAAGGGGGUCACCUCGCUGGCAAGCGGCGGCGAGCAGCCCAAGCUCGCCGGAAACGUAAACAUGUACCGCUGCAAGUGGCUUGUAGUGGCCACCGGAGAGAACGCCGAGCCGGUGGUUCCGGAGAUCGAAGGCAGCGCAAGGUUCAAGGGACAACUCAUGCACUCCAGCGACUACCGCAGCGGUGAAGGAUAUGCUGACAAGCGCGUGCUCGUCGUCGGCUGUGGCAACUCCGGUAUGGAAGUGUCUCUCGAUCUCUCCAACCACAAUGCGCGUGCGUCCAUGGUUGUCCGUGACAAGGUCCAUGUAUUACCCAGAGAAAUGCUAGGGCGGUCAACUUUUGGGAUGUCUGUGUGGCUUCUCAAAUGGUUGCAUGUACAGACAGUGGAUCGUAUUCUCCUCAUGAUGUCACGCGUAAUUAUUGGUGAUACAACUCGCAUUGGUAUCACUCGGCCUAGAAUUGGUCCUAUGGAGCUCAAGGCCGUGUCUGGAAAAACGCCAGUCCUUGACGUUGGAACUAUAGCCAAGAUUAAAUCUGGAAAUAUACAGGUUUUUCCAGGGAUGCGGCGCUUUCAUGAUCAGGAUGUGGAAUUUAUAGAUGGAAGGAUAGAGAGCUUUGAUGUUGUUAUCCUUGCCACCGGUUAUAGAAGUAAUGUACCUUAUUGGUUGAAGGACAAAGAUUUUUUCUCGGAGGAAGAUGGGUUCCCAAAAAAAUCGAACGAGUGGAAAGGCAAAAAUGGCCUCUAUGCUGCUGGGUUCUCAAAGCGUGGACUUCUAGGGGUAUCCAUGGAUGCCAUGAAUAUCUCGGAGGACAUUGUGCAGCAAUGGCGUGAUAUGCGUAUGGAGGAUGUGAGAGAAAUUAUGUCUAAUCGAAGAGCCACUUGCCCUGUUUGAUUGAAUUAUUCCGACACACACGUACUAGUCUGGUUUAUGUUUUGCCUAACUUGUAGACAUGCACGAAACAACUAGGAGUAUCCACAUCUAGAUGCAUAUAUAUUUAAUUAGAUCAGGCUAGUGCGUUUCAAUUUUCUCAUGUGUACAUAUCUAAUUUUUCUGUUAGCAUCGAUCAGUGAAAAAAUGUGAGAAUUUGAAAUUGAGAGAUAAUAGUUUACUUAUGAGAAGUUAUUUUUUGUUAGAAAAGCUAUAGGUAUUUUCUAUUCUUAGAAAUUUUUUACGUUCUUAUUAGUUUUCAAUUGUAAGAAAAAGGAGAUCUUGUGAUAUUUAUAAACAAGCAUUGGACACAUUUUUUAA